AUGGAGAGCAAGAAAAGUAGCCUGGCAUCAUCCACCCCAAAUAUCUCACCUUCUGCGUCAGGUUUAACCCAAUGCCAAGGCUUUUGGAUCCCCUCUCGCAUUGCUCCCAUUUCAUCCAUAAUCUCAUUUCAGAAAUAUUUCCAGGUUCUAGAUGAAGAUAUUAUUGUUGCCUCUAAGCCCAAAGCUGGCACCACUUGGCUCAAGGCUUUGGUGUUUACAAUUGUCAACCGUCAUUUUUAUACGCUCUCAAAUACCCCUUUGAACUCUGCAAAUCCUCAUCAUCUAAUUUCACAUUUUGAGGUCAAUAUUUAUAGGGAAAGCCCUAAUCCUGAUCUUUCUAAUAUCCCAUCCCCAAGGUUGUUUGCUACUCAUCUUCCGUAUCCAAUGCUAGCCGAUUCCAUCAAACGUUCAUAUUGUCGGAUUGUUUAUAUAACCCGCAAUCCGUUUGACAUCGUCGUCUCAUUUUGGCACUUUCUAAGAGGCGUGCAUAAUUUGCCUGAUUGGUCAGUGGAAGACUGUUUUGAGAUGUUUUGUAGAGGUGAAGAAGGGUAUGGACCCUUUUGGGACCAUGCUUUAGGGUACUGGAACAUGAGCUUGGAGAAGCCAUCAAAUGUAUUGUUCUUGAGAUAUGAAGAAAUGAAGGAAGAUCCAGUGGCUCAAACAAAGAAAUUGGCUGAAUUCUUGGGAUUUCCUUUCUCCAUGGAAGAAGAGAAAACAGGUGUGGUUAACCAAAUUGUUGAUUUUUGCAGUUUCAACAAUUUGAAAGAUUUGGAGGUCAACAAAACUGGAAAAAUGGCAGAAAUAAUAUUACAUAGCAAUAAGUUGUAUUUCAGGAGUGGAAAAGUGGGUGAUUAUGUUAAUUACCUCACUCCUACUGCUGUGGAACGUUUCAAUAACAUUUUAGAAGAAAAAUUAAGUGGAUCCAGUUUAACCUUCAAGUAA